AUGGCGAUCAAUUCGUCCGUGUAUCUCACGACCUUGUUCGUCGUCGCUCUCUUGCUCUGGCUCCUCCCUUUUCCUUCCGGCGCAGUCCCAUCGGAAGAGCUGGAAACGGCCAUAUCAGUCCUUCGCGUCAGAGGCCGUGCUCUAUUCGCCAACGCCAUCACCACCUCCGAUAUACUCUUCGAUCUACUCUCCGCUGAGUCUCUUACCCUCCUCGGCCCCACCGACGCCAUGCUUUUUAACCUCGACAUGACGUUUUCUCUCCCCCUCUACAUCUCCACCCUCCGUCUCCACGCCAUACCCCUCCGCCUCCCGCUUUCCGAGCUCCGAUCGCUCCCUAACGCCUCCUCUAUCCCAACCUUGCUCCCUUCUCACAGUCUCCUUCUCACCAAGUCUUCUUCCUCCGACUCCGUUUAUCUCGACGGCGUGGAACUUCUUCUCCCUGGUCUUUCCUAUGACCAGCAUAUCGCCGUCCACGGUCUCGCCGAUAUUCUCCCAUUCAGAUUCUCUGGGCCUGACCUCGAGAAUCUCACCGUUGAUUCGCCGACGGAGUCGCCAUCGCCAUCGAUUGGAGUUUCAAAGAGCGCGUGGUUAUCACCGUCUCCAGAGGCUUACAUCAACUUUUUCGGCAGUACACCAGCAAGAUCACCAUCGCCAUCGAUCGGAGUUUCAGAGAGUACGUGGUUGUCUCCGUCGCAAGAGGCUUACACCAACAACUUUCUCGGCCGUACCCGUACACCAGCAGAGCCGCCGAAGAUCGGGGAGGUUUUACUUUCACCGUCGUUAGUAGAAGAUCUGAUCGUAGGCGACGGUGAUUAUUGA